AUGCAGGCAGCAGAACAAAAAGCAAUUUACCAGAUGAGUCUGACACCUGGUAUGGCCUUCAUCACUGGUCCGGAGGGGAGGAAAGCAGAACAAGAGGCCAUCAACUACGAUACAGACACAUCUUACAGAUUGGUGGUGAACAUUGUCGGUCGAGAAAGACAAGGCAAAACAAGUCUUAGAAAACUCCUUUCGAAUGAUCCAUUCAACGAACACGAAGAGAGCACAGUCGGUGUUGAUCAUGAACUUGUUGAUACCACCGGACUCGAACCCAACCCUUCGCUUCCUUGGUGCAAGCUGGAUAUCCGGAAAGCGAAUGCUAAUGAAUAUGAUGAAAUUCUUGGAAAACAUGUGAUGAUACGCUUGAAGCGAACCGAAGACAAAGCCACGAAACAUAGAUUAGCCCCUUUGAUCGUUUGUAUCAAGAUCUGCAUUAUUACUUUACUGGCACUGUGUUUUUUCAUCAUGUGUUCUAACAUUCACCAGACUUAUUGGAUUCCUUGGUUCGGAAUAUUAAUGAAUUUAAUUUUUGGUGUAUCAAGUUAUACCUUUGGAUUAACAGAAGGUCCAGGAAUAGCGGUCGGUAUUCGCCAUUUGGUUGUGCUAACGACAGCCUGGUUCAGAUGGAAUUUGAGAUCAGAUUUAGAGUUCGAUCACAAUUGGUCUGUAGUGUUUACAACAGUCAUUCUAUUUGUGUAUGUACUAGCUCUGGAACUCUUUGAAAGUGUGUUUCUGGGAUUGUCUUUAGGAGUAGGACUCUUGUGCUAUUUCUGUUUGUGUGAUUCCCCCGAGCCAGAAAUGUAUUUGACAAAAUGUCCCGUAAGUGAUCCAGGAGUACUUCUGCUUCUUUUAGGAUGUCUUGUUGGUCUUGUGCUUCAUAAUUUUUGGAAUAGAAGGGUAAUUACUAUCUUAGCCACAUGUCUUGUGGUGUUAUGUGCAUAUAAACCUCUUUGGGGAAUAACUCUUACUCUUGCUACCUGUAAUGGCGUCCUUCAUAAUGUUGGUUUAAAAGUAGGACAAAACUUUUAUUGUAACUUAAACGUGUACUUGUCAGCAAUGUCAUCAAGUACGCGUGGUCGGAGACUAUUUCGACACGUACUUGGCCUUGUACCAGGAGCAAUUUUGGCUACGUUAUAUGGUUGGAAGCUGUCUGUGAGCAUUCCCAGGGUGUUAGUCGUUAUUUGUAUAAUCUUAGAAUUGGAAUUCUUUGCGUACUUGAAAGCAAAAGCAUCAAAAACAGUUAAAGAGAACAGAAGUGUCAAUCACCCAAGCAAAGUGAUCAGUGCUCGUACAAAAUCGCCGCGGUUGAAACUCGUUGUUCGAGAUUUUGCUGGCCAUCCUUUGUAUUAUGAUGCUCAUCAUGUGUAUAUGACUGGGCAAUGUGUUUAUCUUCUGGUGUUUAGUUUAGUUGAAGCUGCUGUGGAAUUCAGGAAGGUCUAUCAGGAUAUCAUCCAAUGGCUACAAUCAAUUCGACUUCAUAACCGAUAUCCCGAAACACGCGUAUUCUUGGUUGGAACUCGCCGCGACGAUCCGAAGCUCUCAAAGUGUAAAGUUGAAGAAAUUGCCAAAGAAUUAAAACGACAGUUGCCCCGGUCUUACCAAAACAUGUUAGUUUGGAACCACGAUGAUACUCCGUUAUUUCCGGUAGAGAAUUCCAUUAGAAACAUCCAUGACACCGACCAUAAAAAUCUCCGGGAGAUGAUCACACAACAGACUUCGGAUCUGACCUUCCGGAAGGAGUUUCCAGUGAAAUUCUUUUUCUUUUUUAAUAUUAUCGAACAUUAUCGAGCUCUCAAUACACUGUACGAUACAUUCGGUAAUGUGGUGGCAUUGUGUCGAGAAAUGGGUCUUUGGUUUAAAACCGAUCAGGAGUUUUCAGAAAUGCUGAAUGUUUUUCAGAGAACUGGUGAAGUGAUGUUUCGAAAUGACGAUACAAACCAAUGUGACCUCAUUAUAUUUGAUCCCAAAGCUUUAUUGAACAUUCUUUGUCAUAUCAUAAAUAUUCCGCGGAUCAGUGAACGAUCCUCACAUCUAGUCGCAGAUUGGUCUGUUUUGCAAGACCACGGCAUCUGCUCCAUGCAGCUCUUCGAUCAUAUUUUCGAAGACCAUUCCAAGGGUAAUACUAAAGAACAUGUUAUAGAGGCCUUAGCCCGGUUUAACCUUAUCUGUAAGAUCUCGUCUAUUUUUUUAUCGGAGGAUGUAGAUUCGUCAAUAUCAUUUCUCAUUCCUUCGUGUUUACCGGAAGUGCUUCCGUACCAGGACCUAUGUUGGACGGAGUGUCCAGAAGAUCAAAUUCUUUACAUUAAGUGCCAACCAUAUUUUCCACAAGUGUUGUUUUCUCGUCUUGUUUGUGUUUGUGUGUCGUUUGACGAAUCGUUAAUGCGUGAUGACUCUUAUCCCAAUGUGUGUAAGAGUAAAGCCGUCCUAACGUAUCGGGGUAAGGUCUGCUAUCAGCUAGAGCUAAUUAGGGAUGACCAAACUGGAUUAUAUGAUCUGAUCAAAAUUGUGGUGCGUGACGAUGUUAAGAACAGUAUUUCACCAGUUGUGUUGGCUAUUUGGCAAUGUCUCAGUAUCAUCGUAAAGCAGGACUUCAAGAUGUGUUCCUUAUCGCUAGGAGUAUUGUGUCACCUUCCGCCACCCCAUGAUGGCAAUUACUCGAAUCAUCUACUACCAAUUAUUACCAGUACUACAGGCGAUAUCAGCAGUCCUAAUCAUUGUAAAUCAGAAUUUCUUUGUUGUGGUAGAAAAGUUAAACUGAGAUUUGAUCAGAUCCUUCCAAUAGAUAACAAUAACCAGAAGGAAGUCGGUCUAUCUAAUAUAUCAGUUGAUAAACACAGAGUAAAGAAUCUGAGAGAACAACAUAUACUAGAGCUACCCAACCAUGUCUUUACUACUAUCUGUGAUUUUCUUAACCCACCAAAUCCUCUGGGUCACGACUGGACCUUGUUAGCAGGUUUGCUAGGGUUAACUGUAACAGAUGUUGAUAUGAUUAGAUUUAAGAAUUCUCAGAAUCCUUGUGGAGCAGUUCUCCAUAUCUGGUGCUCAAGACAACCUGAAGUUACCCUGGAAGUACUCACAGACUUACUGGCCGAGAUGGAACGAAAUGACGUCAUUGAGACUCUAGCCGACCUUGGUUUUGACACCAACUAA